AUGUCGGACGUGGGCGCAUCCUCAUCGCCUUUGCUCACACCUCGCAUUGCAAUCAUCGGUGGAGGUCCGAGCGGCCUAGUCACUCUCAAGACGCUCCUCUCUGGCGUUCCCUCGCAUUUCCAACCUCGUGUAAGCCUGUUCGAAGCAGAGGAGAGCAUAGGUGGAACGUUCAAGUACAGAAGCUAUCAGAAUGGACAGUUGGUCUCUUCCAAGCAAUUGACUGCCUUUUCGGAUUUCAGAUUGCCCUUGGAUGCGCCGGAUCAUCUGUCUUUGGAAGCGUACGUGCAGUACUUGGAAGAUUACACGAGUCAUUUCAAGCUGAAGCAAAAGGCGCAAAGGUUCGAAUUGGCCUCUACCAAGGGGCAAGCGGGUGUAGGGCAUGUGGUGCAGUGGAGAGGAGCGGAUGGCAAGGUGGAAGAGGACACGUUUGAUCAGAUUGCUGUAUGCGCAGGCUUGCACGUCACCCCUGCCUUUCCCGAUAUUCCCGGAUUGCCGAUUCCUCAAGUAGCAGAUUCCGAAGCUGAAGAGGCUGCCCUCACACCAGCGCAGCAAAGGAUCAAGGCGAUGCACUCUAGCAUUUACAAGGCACCGCACAUAUUCAAAGAGAAAUCCGUGCUCAUAUUGGGGACAGGAGAGACCGGCAUGGACUUGGCUUUUGCUGCUGUCAAGGGUGGCGCAAAGGAAAUUGUCAUGAGCACCAGGCAAGGCUUCCUCUCCUUUCCUGCCGUACUAGAGAACUUUACCUUUCUUGGCGUCACCUUUGAUCGUCCAACACCGAUCGACGGUUUGAUCACGAAUCUCUUCGAGACCAGUCACGUUCACCCAUGGGUCGCACGCUCACACUUGCGCUGGUUCGUGUCGGACAUGAUCAUCAAGCGGGUGCUGUGGGUCUUGACGGGCACCAUGGCAGGAUGCAAUCAAUGGGUUGGGGAAUUACCUCCUCACAGACUAGGAAGGGCCUAUUCGCAUUUGAACAAGUCCAACAAGGCCAUACCAUACCUCAACAAGGGCAACAAGAACAGACCGUGGAUCAUGGAGAAGAUCGCAAAGUAUCUGGACCCUCCGCACGUGCGCGAAGACGAACCUGGGGUGGAACUGGCUCCUUUUCCUGAAUUGGUCGACGAAGAUGGACGGAUACGCUUCCUACGAAACGAGCGCAAAGAGGAUUUCAAGAUGAGGAGCAGAACAAUCAAGCCUGAUCUGGUCAUGUUCGCAACGGGCUAUCAACAGAGCUUUCCAUUCUUCGACGAGACCUAUCCGGUACCUGCUCAAGCUACAUGUCGAGACAUUUUUUCGCACGACGAUCCUAGCAUCGCCUUUAUAGGCUACGUUCGACCUGGUGUGGGAGCUAUUCCUCCCCAGAGCGAAUUAGCAGCUCAACUGUGGACCUUGGUGAUCUCGGGACAGCUCGAGGCGCCCACUAGCAAAGCUCACUAUCACCUGCUCACCAGACCGGAGGCCAGGCUCAAGUACGGCGUGGACUACAGCUCGUACGUGAGCCAAUUGGCUAGGGAUAUGGGAUGCGAACCGCGCUUGAGGGAUCUGUACCGCGAUUACGGUCUUCAGAUUCUCUUCAUCUUUUGCUUUGCCGCCGCUUUUCCCACCCUCUAUCGCCUUGAGGGUCCUUGGAAAUCUUCCACCGCACCUCAAAUUUGUCGGACAGAGAUCUUAGAAACCAUCACUCGGAGGGGCGUCGGUGGCAACCUGAUGAUGGGCGUCAUUCCCAUGAUCUUUUACGCACUCGUCACUGGACUGGCUCAUCUCUGGACUUGCCAGAGUGGUUCACCCUUGAUGGACAGAAGCCAGCAACAAAGCUAA